AUCGAUUUAAUUAAAGAUUCUGAAGAAUGGAAAAUAAUUGAAUAUCACAAAAUCUUUUCUAUUUUCAGCUUAUUAGAAGAAAAUCUGCAAAAAAACGUUAUAGAAGCUUUGGGAAAGAGAAUUUUAAAAGUGCAAGUCGAAUCAAUUGAAUUUCCAAGCAAAAGUAAUCAACAU